CACUCACAGCCCAGUCCCAGGACAGCGGGCUUUGCUGCCCCAUUGCCCAUUACUUAGCCAAGUCAAUCUCCAUGAAACUCUCAGGGAGUAAGGCUGAAUUGAUCCUCUCAUCAGUGGGACAGAUGGGAGAACUGAAGCUCCCAGAGGGUAAUAGGCUUUCCCCCAUCUCCCCUAGCAUGCCGGGGCAUUCUUCUCAAUUUUACCCUCCUAAUUUCUCCUGUCCCAGAUCAGCCAGACACGUACCAUGUCUCAGACAAGCCUGGGAGCUGAGGAUGGAUUCUUAGGGCUCCCCAGGGCAAAUGUGGGAUAUUUUCCCACCCCAGGAGCCUCAUGUUCCAAACAAGACCCCUGAGUGGACCUUGUCUUGUGACUUUCAACUUCUGAAAACUACCCCAUGCUCCCCCAGAUGCCCCACAUUUUUCCUAUGACACCCUGCAGGAUGCACACCAAACCGCAAAACAAAUGAUUCCAAUACCUGGAAAUACAUGGGCUGGGGCAGAUGGGUGAAGGAAAUACUUAUGAACAAGGAAGACAAGAAGUGGUUUGAUCUUUUCUAAAAUAGUAUAGAAGAGGCUGCUUUCUUGUGAUUUGCUAAAAUAAGCUCUUCUCAUGGUAAAAUCAGGUUCAUGCAAUUUUCAAAUCGGAAUGUGCAUUUUGUUCAUUUGCUUCACCCUUUUCCCUGAGCCAGACCCUCCCACCAGCUUGCCAGAGGCUGCUACUGUCUUGCUUGCACACUGCCUUCCAAUCUCUCAUGAACUUUGGUCUCUUUUGUGGGACGAUUAGUAAAAUUUUUCCUUUGGAGAAGACGCCUGUCUUCAUUCUCAAUUCCUCCACUUUUGUCUGCCCUGUAGACCAACACGUAUCACAUUCCUUCAAGCCUACGGUGUGUCCACCACGCUCUGUUCAGUUUUUUAUAAUCUUCUCCAUGACUCAUUUUAGCGUUGCCAUCAGUAUACUUUCUGACUCACCUGUGAACACUUUGUUAUUUGUGAAUAUCUGCCAAAAAAUAUAUUCCUCAAUGCAGCCUGAUCCACUCAGAAAGCUUGGAUUGGGAGAGCUAUCGUUGCUGCUCAUUGGCUAACAUAGCAUAGUUUGACUGGCUUUUGUGACAGGCAAUUGGCUGUUUUAAAAGAAAAGACCUCAAUUCAGAGAAACUCCUGCCACCAGCAAUUUUAUUUUUGAAUAACCUUUUAUAAGAAAUACACUCAAGAUUUUGCAAUAAAAUUCUGUGUGUUGGUUUUAGGGUAGGCUUCUAGCUGUCCAAUUAAUUUGUCUCCUGACCAGGGAGUGGCAGCAUUGUACACAUGUUCCAAGAGGUUUGUUGACUUUUUUGGAAAAGUCUCUUUUUCCGCCUGUGGAAUCAAGGACAAUACACAGCAAAAGGAGCCAUUUCCUGAUGCUAGCUCUAUUGUAAAUAUGUGACCUUUGGCAGGUCAUUUAAUGCUCAGUUUCCUUGCAUUUUAAUAGAAAUUUUAAGAUCAGUUUUGAUCACAUCACAGGGAAUUUGAGAGAGCAAUUAAAAUAAGAAGGAUGAAAUAACUUUGAAAAUUAUAAAUGUAUUCACAGAGGCUUAUUACAAUUAUGAUGUUCAUAAUCAAUAUCAUUACCACUGUCAUCUUGACCCCUACCACAUCAUUAUGUUGAUUCCAAACCUCUGAAAACAUCAUCUAAAGUAGAGAGGAUGUCAGGGAACUGGUGCUAUUUCGGCAAAAGCCAGAAGCAUAAUUUACCAGAGAUGAGAACAGGGUGUGGGAUAGAGGAAAAUAUUCUUCUCUGGGCUUAAGAAAAAGAAAGGAAGGAGGGAGGGGAGGGUAAAGAGGAAAGGAGGAAGAAAAGAAAGAAGGGAAAGGGAGGGAGGCAGGAAGCUGUCUUAAUACAUUCUGAUAAUAUAAAAAUAGAUUUCUUGACCUGAAGAAGGCCAAGAAAAUCCACUGAAUGAAUAGAAAAAUGUGGAAAAGAUAGAAAUCACAGAAGUUAUUAAAAAUUUAAGUUUAUAAAUAACCAAAAUAGCAAAUAAACCAUGAAAACUGUUUUUAAUUUAAUGAUAAUCAGUAAAAUGUAAGUUUAAGCCAAUUAAGACAUCCUUAUUUAUGCCCAUAAGGAUGACAGGAAAUUAAAAGUGUAAUAUUACCAAGUGCCUGUGAAGAUUUGGGGACUUCUUAUAAAUGGGUGGUGCAAAUAGGAGUUAACUCGACUCCCUGGGAGUCACAUUUGGCAAUAACCAGUCACGUGGAAAAUGUACAUCCCGAAUACUGUUGCACAAUGCUGGAAACCCGGAGCAGGAAAUGAGUUGUUCUUGAAUUCGGCCUGAAGUUGAUUCUUUCUCUUCAAUCACCUCACUACCUCCUCUCCACCAACCGUCAGGGUGGGAAGGCAGUCAUACCGGUCCCCCUAUACCAUUUCCUCUCACGUCAGUUCUUCGUGUCCCUGAUCCCCACUUCCAUCCUCCCACUGGACAGUACCUUGUAAUUUCCUCUCUGCCGCUGGAAUGUCCAUUUGACACAAAGACUUUCUGGGACUGGAAGUUUCCACUACUUCAAAUAAACCAAUCUUAUUUACAGCAAGGCAAUUUUUUUUUCUCUAUUCUGGAGAGAAUGGGAGGAUUCCAGAAGGGCAAAUAUGGAACUAUGGCUGAAGGUAGAUCAGAAGAUAACUUGUCUGCAAUACCACCGGCAUUGAGGAUUAUCCUAGUGGGCAAAACAGGCUGCGGGAAAAGUGCCACAGGGAACAGCAUCCUUGGCCAGCCCGUGUUUGAGUCCAAGCUGAGGGCCCAGUCAGUGACCAGGAUGUGCCAGGUGAAAACAGGAACAUGGAACGGGAGGAAAGUCCUGGUGGUUGACACGCCCUCCAUCUUUGAGUCACAGGCUGAUACCCAAGAGCUGUACAAGAACAUCGGGGACUGCUACCUGCUCUCUGCCCCGGGGCCCCAUGUGCUGCUUCUGGUGAUCCAGCUGGGGCGUUUCACUGCUCAGGACACAGUGGCCAUCAGGAAGGUGAAAGAGGUCUUUGGGGCAGGGGCCAUGAGACAUGUGGUCAUCCUCUUCACCCACAAAGAGGACUUAGGGGGCCAGGCCCUGGAUGACUAUGUAGCAAACACGGACAACUGCAGCCUGAAAGACCUGGUGCGGGAGUGUGAGAGAAGGUACUGUGCCUUCAACAACUGGGGCUCUGUGGAGGAGCAGAGGCAGCAGCAGGCAGAGCUCCUGGCUGUGAUCGAGAGGCUGGGGAGGGAGCGAGAGGGCUCCUUCCACAGCAAUGACCUCUUCUUGGAUGCCCAGCUGCUCCAAAGAACUGGAGCUGGGGCCUGCCAGGAAGACUACAGGCAGUACCAGGCCAAAGUGGAAUGGCAGGUGGAGAAGCACAAGCAAGAGCUGAGGGAGAACGAGAGUAACUGGGCAUACAAGGUGCUCCUCAGAGUCAAACACUUGAUGCUUUUGCAUUAUGAGAUUUUUGUUUUUCUAUUGUUGUGCAGCAUACUGUUUUUCAUUAUUUUUCUGUUCAUCUUUCAUUACAUUUAAAUCUCUGGACCCUGGAGCACUUCUAAUGUAUCACCCCAUGGAGUCAUUGUUCUAAUAAUCACCAAUUCAGACUCAGAUCCUCGUGGUCUGUGGAGCAUGCUGCUUGCUGUCUGUGCAGCUCCCAUUUCCCCUUCUUCCUGAUAGACUUGGAGCUGUGUGCCUCCACUCCAAGGCUGCCUGCCUGCUGUAAACACUAUUCCACUUUGUCUGCCAACGACUGCUUCAGGAACGGGCCUGAGAUCCCAUGCAGGUCCCUGAGAAGUGAGUAAAAGUCCGCAGAGGUGGGGAUGGAAGAUCUCUCCUUAGAUAGAACCUGUCUUCCUCCCUGGCAUUGUGGGGUCUGGGUGUGACACUGGGACUCUCAGCAGCUUUGUGCUGCCAACCUGAGAUUGAAGGCAGUGCCUCAGAGCAGCACAGAGAGUUGGGGCCACCUGAGCCCUGAGCCACCAGCCCUGCAGCCUGCCCUAUCUCCGCAUUUCCAGUUGUAUUAGCCAAUAAAUUUCCUACUUAUUUAAGCUGUUUGAGCUCCGGGUCUCUUCUACCUGCAUUCUAAAACAUUCAAAGUAAUAAAAAUUU